AUGCUUCCCCAGACAUGGCGGCCUCAAGGCUACAAACGGGUUGACUCCAGCAGCAGUCUUGAAGAUGGUCUUGUCCCCGAGGAGAGUGGACGAAGCUUCCAGCUCUUCGCGAAACGCCUUCUUCGUCUUCCCCUCAAGACAAUGACAAUCCUCAUCGCCGCUCUGCUCGUUUUCCCCGGCCUACUGGCACUCACCCCCUCAAGUCCUCCUGCCAAUAACCCAGACCACGAUUUAUGCAAAGUCAUAAUGAGUGCGUCGGCGUUGGGGUACCCAGCUCCAGUUAUUGUGAACUGGGGUAAGACAUACGACAAGUCUAAGGGCUGGAAGGGAGGAUCUCACCUUGCAAAGAUCACUGGUACUUUGGAUUACCUCGAUAGCGUCUCAACGGCCGACACUCCCGACGAGAAUAGACUCGAGGAAAACGAUAUCGUUGUUCUGACGGAUUCGUAUGACGUUUGGUUCCAACUCCCUCCAGAUGUUCUCCUCAAGCGAUAUCACGAAGCAAACCGCCAAGCACCCAACGAAUGCUUCCCUCCCCCCUCAUCAGGCUCCGUCCUCCACUGCGAUCAACUCCCCGAAAGUCCAGCUCGAAAAGACCUCUACGGAGCGAAAACGGAUAGAGAACCCAACAUCUUCCACGACGUACGACCGAAAUACCUCAAUAGUGGGAGUGUGAUUGGCCCUGUUGGAGAUAUGAGGGAGUACUUUCGUCGUGUGCAUGAGCGAAUGCAGAGAGGGCUGGGAAUAUUCGGCGAGAUCUUUGCAGAACGGGAAAUUUGGCGUCGUUGGCUGCGAAAGAAUAUCGUUUCUCGGAAGGAUAAGAGCUUCGAUGUGAUGCAUAGCGAUUUCGAGUAUCAUGAUGGCGAGAUCAUCGCGUUGAAUAACGAAACCGGUAUUGCUGAAAAUCCUGCAGACUGGGGAGACAUGCCCGUGUACGCCGAUUUCUACUCAACUUCUGUUCCCGUCGUCGUUCAUCACAAUGCUCAUAAAGAUGGAGCAAAGAAACGUCGAUAUCUCUGGUGGGACCGCAUCUGGUUCUUUCCGUACCUUCGCCAACUCAUCAUCGCUUAA